AUGGCAGAGACCUCCCGAUCAUCAGGCUUCCUUGGUUCGAUAUCGGCAUGGAGCAGGAGCAGCACUCCACCUCCCAAGUCUCCUCUCCAAAAACCCAAAGAAGAUGCCCCGUCAUUGAAGCAAUCUGCCGGCCUCGACCACACCAUCAGUCUCAGGCCGUCCCCGAGUCUCCGCAGAUAUCCGAAAGACUGCCCUCCGCUCAAGACGAGAUGGUUCUACGCCGUCGACGUGCCGAAGAGAAAGCCCUUCGCUUCUGAGGCCACCCCGGAAGAGAAAGCAAAGCCACCCCCGGUCCCUAAGAAGCUGGUGCCGUUCUCUUCCAGAGACUCCCAGGCCAUUGAGAAAGCAUUUCAAAGUCUUGACAAGGGAGACUCGAGCCAAAUUGAAGCCUCGGAGCCCACGAGCACCAAAGUACCUGUCAAUGAAGACUUCUUGUACGACGUCCAUAUCGAGAAGCGUGAGUUAGAGCCGGUGUAUUGGUUGGGGCCGGUCUAUGAAGUGCGGAGAGGUAGCUGGUUCCACGCGGAUGGCUCGACUCUCAAACCUUGCGACGAGAAUCUUGCCAACCAGCUCGAAGAAGGCUAUUUGAAGGUUGCGCCGUGGAGAAGAAUGGGCAGAGCAUCCGCCCGGUCCGAUUCACGACCAAGAAGUCGACCAACUUCGGCAGUCAUCGACGACUCUUCAGCUCAAUCCCCGACCAAAGCACCUCAUUCGCAAGACGAAAAUCAUGCCGCUGGGUUAAGCACUUACCGACUCUUUGGAGCUUAUAUGAACACCACUGUAUCCUACCUCGAUGCAAGCGUCGCCUAUCUCACGACCGAUGAUCUGUUCUCUCGCAUGAGUAGCACGGUAUACGGCAGAUUUGUUGGCUAUGGAGGAUCCAAAGUCGUCCGAGGCUGGUCCGACGCUAAGCCUGUAGACACAAAGACAAGCUCCAAGGCAGCCGAUGUGACGAAUCCCAAAGAAAAGCGCAAGUCUACAAACGUGACCCCUGAGGCUGCACUAGAUACAGAUGAAACUGAUGACCAGGCCAAGUCAACUGACCAAGAAGUAACCAAGCCUCGGCGAACAGCCUUGGAACGUCAACUCUCCUCCUUGGCUGGCAUGGCCGAUCCCCAGGACUCAACCAACCUAGCUGAAGAGGAGGCCAGAGAGGAAGAAGAGCGGGAAAUGGAAGAGGCCAGAAAAAGGGACGGCGAUGACCAGGCAAGGCAAAUUGACCAUUUAGUCCUGGUCACCCAUGGCAUUGGCCAACGACUUGGCCUCCGACUCGACAGCAUCAAUUUCAUCCACGAUGUCAACACAAUGCGAAAGACCAUGAAGGCUGUCUAUGAGUCCGCCCCCGACCUACAAGCUUUGAGUGGCGACCCGAAGAAUUGCAAGAUCCAAGUCCUACCAAUCUGUUGGCGACAUCUGCUGGAUUUCCCCAGACAAAGCCUCAAGCAGAAUCGCAAGGAGUUUGAUCUUGGAGACGCCGACUCGGGACUUGACGAUGACUAUCCGUCUUUGCAAGACAUCACUGUCGAAGGAGUGCCCGCCGUACGCAAUCUGAUCACAGAUCUUGCAAUGGACGUCCUUCUUUAUCAAAGCGCGUACAGAGAACACAUCGCGUCCAUUGUACAGAAAGAGGCGACACGGGUACACCGGCUCUUCAAAGAAAGAACAGGCUUUACUGGGAAGGUCAGCUUCUGUGGCCAUUCGCUCGGCAGCGCCAUUCUGUUUGACCUGCUCUGUCGACAGGAGGAGACAGUCAAGACUCGACACCGGCGAGUCCCCAGCAAAACAUCCCGAGAACUCGGUGUUGAACAUACGGAUCUGCACUUAGACUUCGACGUGGAGAACUUCUUCUGUCUCGGCUCGCCAAUCGCUCUCUUCCAGAUGCUGAAGGGGCGGACGAUCGCCGGUCGGCAGAUGUUAGGCACGAACCCAUUCGGAGCAUCUACCCUUCCCACGUCUCCGUUUGACCCGAGCCCUUUUGGGCAAGAUCCUUUCGAUAGUACUCUGAAAUCUGGCCCGGGCGUGAACUCCAACAGUCUCAUUCCAAUCACGGUGUCGUCGCCCAAGUGUAACGAGCUGUUCAACAUCUUCCAUCCCACCGACCCUAUCGCUUAUCGAAUGGAGCCGCUCAUCUCCCUAGCAAUGGCGCAGCUCAAAUCCCAACCACUUCCGUACACCAAGAAGGGUCUGUUCGCUGCCCCUGGCAUUGGAAACAUGACCGCCAGGGUUGGCCAGCAAGUCAUGUCGAGCUGGUAUAAUCUGACGUCGGGCGUGGCAUCCAGCCUCAUCAAUAGAAGCCUGGGCAUCACAGGCGAAGAGCAAGCUUUGGCGCAAGACAAGGUUAAGGUGGCCAGUGGCAACGGUGGUGGCGAUGGGACAGGCGGCCACGCUGACAGUCAACAAAAUCCUCACCUGAAUAUCCCCGUGGCGGAUUCUAAGAAACAGCAAGACCUCGCGGAAGCUGCCAAAUCCUCGUCAUCCACUGGACAAGCGCCCACGCUGAUCGACUCGGAGAUCGAGACACUCUACUCGGGCUUCCAGAAGCGCCGGCGCUCCCGCUCGCACACAUCCACCACGGAAACAUCUGAAGACGAGGCCGCCGCGUCGACGUCUGCCGAAUACGAGCUAUCUCUGGAACGUGCCAGGAGGCUGAAGCGCGAAGAAGCCAAGGUGCGCGCCCUGAACAGCAACGGCCGCGUCGACUACCAUAUCCAGGAAGGAAUGUUUGAUGUUUCCCUGUUGGCCAGCAUUGCCAGCCACUUGAGCUACUGGGCCGAUGAGGACGUGAAUCACUUCAUGAUUGGGCAGAUGUUGAAAGGGGGCGGGCGCGAGAGAGAGCGGGAAAGGGAGCGAGGUUCCUCAUGGUAA